CACAGAGCGCGAGGCUGAUCCGUGGCAACACACUCCGCUCGUGCAGACAACACAGACAUCUCUACGCGCCACCGCGUCCACUCUGCGUGUCCUCCGCCGUGUCCACGCACAGCUCCACGCGCAGAGAGGAUGGUCCGGGCGCCUGGACACUGUGGGCAGCAGCGCGGACCCGGGAUUUAGUUGAAAGAGAAGUUCGGAGCUUUUAAGUGAACAACGGCAGCGGAUCGGGACUCGUUACCCGGAGACGUGGAUUUUAGAGGACUUUUAUUUACUUCAACACUGAGGCGAAAAACUCAAGCGUGGAGUUACGGAUUUAGGACCAAUUCUUACUUCAGUUUUUGGAUUUAAACACUUGUUUUUUUGAUUACUGAGAUACACACGGCAAUUGGGACUCUUUAGAGCCCUGCUGUGUUCUCCUGGCUCUGGAGGCAGGAGGUCGUGGACAGAAUGAGCCUGCACGAUGAGCUCUGAGCUGGGCCUCGCUGCUCCACACUGCCCCUCGUCGUCCGGAGGAAUGACAGCUCUGUGGCGCCCCCUCUGGCUCUGCUGUGUCCUGCUGCCUCUCUAUGUCACUGCAGCCCGUCUGCCCACUGCCCCACCCACAGACCCGGUGUCCAGUGAAGCGGCCUUCCUGGAGGACUUUGUCUUGGGCAUGGGGGACACUCUGGAGAUGUCCUGUGACGCGGCUGACCCCUCCAAACCUGUGGUGUGGUUUAAAGAUGGGGUCAGUCUGGUGUCCCACAACAGGACCAGGGUGGGACAGAGGAUGUUACGCAUCAUCAACGUAUCAUACGAGGACUCAGGGGUCUACUCCUGCCGCACGGUCCAUAACAACGCACUGGUCAGCAACUACACCCUCAGAGUGACAGAUUCUCUGUCGUCUGGUGAUGAUGAAGACUAUGACGAAGAUCCAGAAGAUGGAGAAGCUCCUUAUUGGACCAGACCUGAGCGAAUGGACAAAAAGCUGUUGGCGGUCCCAGCUGCCAACACGGUGAAGUUUCGAUGUGCGGCCGCUGGAAACCCCAUGCCCACGAUCCACUGGCUGAAGAAUGAAAAAGAGUUCAAAGGAGAGCAGCGAAUGGGAGGAAUUAAGCUGAGACACCAACAGUGGAGUCUGGUGAUGGAGAGUGCAGUCCCUUCAGACCGGGGGAACUACACCUGUGUGGUACAGAACAAAUACGGCACCAUCACACACACCUACCAGCUCGACGUACUCGAGCGAUCCCCUCACAGGCCCAUCCUUCAGGCUGGACUCCCGGCCAAUCAGACGGUGGCAGUGGGCAGUGACGUGGAGUUUCACUGUAAAGUGUACAGCGACGCCCAGCCGCACAUCCAGUGGCUCAAACACAUCGAGGUCAACGGGAGCCGCUACGCUCCUGACGGGGCGCCAUACGUCAACAUACUCAAAAGUUUUGUGAGUAAACACACUGAGAUCCAUGAUAAGUUCAAAAUCUACAAUGUCACAGAGAAAGACGCUGGGAAAUACUGGUGUCGAGCGUCCAACUUUGUAGGCAAAUCAGAGAGGCCCUUCUGGCUUAAGAUUCACAAACCAGCAGUGAGUGAGGAGAAGGACGACUACUACGCCGACAUCCUGAUCUAUGUGACGGGCUGUGUGCUCGUCAUCCUCACCGUCAUCAUCGUGGUUCUGUGCCGGAUGAGGAUGACCACCCAGAAGACCCUGCCCACUCCCCCUGUUCAAAAACUCUCCAAGUUCCCCCUCAAGAGACAGCAGGUCUCCUUGGAUUCAAACUCCUCCAUGAACUCCAACACUCCUCUGGUCCGGAUCGCCCGUCUCUCCUCCAGCGAUGGGCCCAUGCUCGCCCACGUGUCCGAGUUGGAGCUGCCCUCGGACCCCAAGUGGGAGUUUCCACGCACAAGGCUGACGUUGGGUAAGCCGUUGGGAGAGGGCUGUUUUGGUCAGGUGGUCAUGGCUGAGGCUGUGGGCAUCGAUAAAGAAAAACCAAACAAGCCCCUCACUGUUGCUGCCAAAAUGUUGAAAGAUGACGCGACAGAUAAAGAUUUGUCAGACCUGGUGUCAGAGAUGGAAAUGAUGAAGAUGAUUGGAAAACACAAAAACAUCAUCAACCUGCUGGGAGCAUGUACACAGGACGGUCCUCUGUACGUGCUGGUGGAGUAUGCAUCUAAAGGAAACCUCAGGGAGUACCUCAGAGCACGGAGACCUCCUGGGAUGGACUACUCCUUUGACACGUGUAAAAUCCCCGAUGAGACGCUCACCUUUAAAGACCUGGUGUCCUGUGCGUACCAGGUGGCCCGAGGCAUGGAGUAUCUCGCCUCACAGAAGUGCAUCCACAGAGACCUGGCAGCCCGAAAUGUCCUUGUGACCGAGGACAAUGUGAUGAAGAUCGCAGACUUCGGACUGGCCAGAGACGUGCACAACAUCGACUACUACAAAAAGACCACCAACGGUCGUCUGCCUGUGAAAUGGAUGGCACCAGAGGCACUUUUUGACCGGGUCUAUACUCACCAAAGCGACGUGUGGUCGUAUGGCGUGCUGCUCUGGGAGAUCUUCACAUUGGGAGGGUCUCCGUAUCCCGGGAUACCAGUGGAGGAGCUGUUCAAACUGCUGAAGGAGGGACACAGGAUGGACAAACCAGCCAACUGCACACAUGAACUGUACAUGAUCAUGAGGGAAUGCUGGCACGCCGUUCCAUCCCAGAGGCCCACGUUCAGACAACUGGUGGAGGACCACGACCGGAUCUUAUCUAUGACCUCCACAGAUGAGUAUUUGGACCUGUCUGUCCCGUUCGAGCAGUAUUCCCCCACCUGUCCCGACUCAAACUCCACCUGCUCUUCGGGGGAUGACUCUGUUUUCGCCCAUGACCCCCUCCCUGACGAGCCCUGUCUUCCCAAGCAGCUGUCUUCAAACGGGGCUAUCCGGACUUAAAGCACGCCCCGUCUCACCCACCACCCGCCCCCUGUCACCCACCACCCACUCUACCAAUCUCAGCUACAGACUCAUGCAAUACACCGUCUUAAACUCUGUGAAAACUCAGAGUUGUAGACUUCUUCCUCAACUUCGAGACUCCAGAAAACGUGAAGGAUUAUUUUGUUUUUGUCUUGAAUAAAGUUAUAUAUUUUUGUACAUGGGCCAGUCUUUUGUUAUACGGACAAUCUGUGGGAGAAACCAUUCCGUGCCUAUUGGGAUUAAACCUCCUCAGACUCAAAAAGUAAAUGACGAACAUUUAAAACGACGUAAUGAAGGGCAUUGGUCAGUCACCAGGAAGGAACUUGCAACAAACGCAUUUGAUGUUUGGUCGAAAUGUUACCAGCAAGAAAAGAUAAAACUGACUUGGAUGGGACUAAUUCUUCCGAAAACAUUUUUCACACAUUUUUCAAAGGAUUAUUAUGUGAACAUUUGAGUUUCUACGCCCACAACCCGAACAAGCUGUUUUUGUGAUACAUUCAGGGUCGCUCAGUCAUAAGUACAAAUGUUUGGAGGGUUUUUUAAUGUAUCUAAAAAUGAUUUAUUGUAAAUAUACAAAUGCAAAUAUGUAUGAUAUAUCCUCAGCUGUAAAAGACAAAAAACAUUUUUAAAUACUGUUUAGGACCGGAGCGUUGCAGUCUAGAAGACACUGUCGAUGUGUAAAACAUUUAAUCAUUUAAGAAAAGGUUUAUUUGAAUAAUUAACAUGUAUAUUUGUAAAGAUAUUUAUAGAGUUAACAUGUGGUUCCUAAGAAAAGUUUAGUCUAGGUUUUAGUACUGUACGCAGAUUUUUAUUUUGAUUUUUGUAACUUAUUUUAUGGCAGAACUGCAACGUGAUUUUCACACCUGGCAGGCUUCUCUGAGUUUGAUCCAUCUUAGAUGUUUGGUUUGUUUACAAGUUUUUAAAGAGCGAAUGUACGACAGACAGAAGACUAUUGUACAAAGCGAGUGUGACUCGAGCCCCAGCAGAGACUCGUGGUUUUGUUGAUGUUUGCGAAAGUGAAAAGCAACGAUGAGCUCUUGCUGGGCAAGAAAAAGCAGCGCUUCACUCUAUGUGCCAGAGAGGCCUUUCAGCACGACUGAAGUACUUAGAGACAUUAGAGACAUGGACCACUCCUCACUAUAGGAUGACCUUCUGAAUAAAAUCAUAAUGUUUUCAAUCACAAAAUACACCUAUUUAAACUUCAAUCUGGUGGUUUUAAAUUAUUAAUGUGAAUUUCAUGCACCUAACUGGUCAAUUACCAUUGGCUGAAAGAAAGUAAACUUAUGUUUGAUUGAUAUGUCCUACUCUUUUAUUCAGAAGGCCUGUUGUUGUAGCAGGAGGUUGUGGUGAUGCUAAAGCUAAAGGAGCUGUUGUAGAACAGCUGCCCAGAUGUUAUCGCUGCUGUCUAGUAUUAAAACUGAAAUGAAGGAAUGCUGUGUGGUCGCUGGCCCUCACAGCUUUUAAUAAAUAUUUCUAAGCAGUAUAUUUGUAUCAGUUUGUCUAAGGAAACUGUAGUAAAAAGUGCCAAAUUUAGUCUUAUUUUCGCUUGAUUCGCUGCAGGCGGGUGCAGUGAAGGAUCAUGGGAUUGCCAAACGGACAUCUUUUUCUUUUUUCUUCCUGUUUCAACAUCUGUCAGCUGACCCCAAACACAAAGCAGGGGUGAAAUGUUUACACAGAGCCACAUCGCUAAAGGGAGGGCGAUUUCUAGUGUCAUUGAAGGUUUAGACGCUCAUUCACUCGCUGCUAAACGAAUACACUUCACUGUGCAAUGGCCUUUUUCAGUAUUUUCUAUGGUUUUCUGCCCUUGAAUUUGAUAUAAAGAUGGACACAGGGAAUAUUGACGUCAGCCAGAUAGUAGCUAUUCAAUUAUUGGCAUAUGUCAGUCAUACAUUAAGCAAUAAUGAGAUGUUUUGGCUUAAAUUUCUUAAAUCGCCUGUGAAUGAAAAUGUUAACAUUUAUUGGCUUACUAGAUGAAAACAAUAGAUAAUUAUUGUCAUCUCUAUAUUUGGAUAAUAUAAGCCCCAUACUUGUCAAAAAACAGUAGGCAUAGACAACAAUGUUGCCUGCAAAACUGGAGCCAAACUUAAGAUUGCGCUACAGAAAAAUUACCUCAUAUUACACCUAUGUCCAUCUUUCUAUUCAGUCUGGUCUUACCCUCUGUCUGUCCCAGUACUUAUUAUCCUCCCAACUUUUUGUGAGUACUUACACGUAUUUAUUUGCUUGGCUGUAAAUGUUUUCUUUUAAAAAUGCCAGUUUUUAUUGUUAACAAAAUAAAGGCCUUUGUACAGUAAACUAUAACAGGAAAUACAAAAGCUUGUCUUUUUUUCAAUAUAUUUGGUUUUGGUCUACAUCUGAAGUGCCUGGAGAGUUACAUUUUAUUUUGAAUGUAAAAUUUAAAAAAAAAAAUGUAAAAAAAAAUAAUACAAAUAAACAUAUAAUUUACUUUACGAGAAAGAGAGGCACUUCAAAUUGUUGAUGAUAAUUUAUUCUUCCGUGUUGAGUAAAAAGCUUUCCCUAUGGUGAGAGUGUUUUAUCCAACUGUAUUUUACCAUACGCUCACUUGUCUGAAUGCUGAAUUUUCCCAUCAGGCCUUGCUGUAUUUAUCUGACUUUUCAUGCUUUUAUUUUGAAAUCCUAUAAGGCCUUUUCCUGUUUUCUUUGUCUCUGUUAGAUCACUACUUCAAAUGGAGGUGUAGCUUUUGGCAGUGAUUAAACUCAAGUUGAAAUGGACACCAAGCAUUUUAUAUAAUAAGACGUUUUUAACAUGUUUUGUAACAGAACACAAUCUGCUUCGAAUAAAACUACAAGAUGUUGAAAACUACAAA